AAAAGGCAUUAAAGCUUGUUAGCUCUGUUGCUUAGUAAGUAGAAAGAUAAUACAGUAACAGAAGAAAAUAAAGAAGAUGAAGGACCAAAUGCAAAGCUUGUUUAUAAGAAUGAAGCCAUUCAUUGCAGUAAUAUUCAUGCAAGUAGGGCUUGCAGGAAUGGAUAUUCUCUCAAAAGCUGCACUUAAUAAAGGCAUGAGCAAUUACGUCCUCGUUGUCUAUCGCCAUGCCGUUGCCACUCUCGUCAUUGCCCCUUUUGCUGUUUUUCUUGACAAGAAAGUGAGGCCAAGGAUGACUCGUUCAAUCUUCAUCAAGAUACUGGUGCUCAGCUUCCUAGAGCCAGUUAUCGACCAAAACUUGUAUUUCUUAGGGAUGAAGUAUACGACGGCGACGUUUGCAGCUGCUAUAAUCAAUAUUCUUCCGGCAAUUACCUUUUUAAUGGCAUGGAUUGUUAGGCUUGAGAAAGUGAAAAUCAGAUCCCUACACAGCCAAGCAAAGAUAACAGGAACAAUAGCAACAGUUGGAGGAGCCAUGGUGAUGACAUUGAUGAAAGGCCCACCUGUUGAUUUGUUUUCAACUGGAGGAAAAGCCUACCAUCUCAAUGAACAAGCAACUGCAGGUGUAAGUCUCCAUAACUCAAUGAAAGGAGCAAUAAUGAUCACUAUUGGGUGCUUCAGCUGGGCCUGUUUCAUGAUUCUGCAAGCAAUUACACUGAAGACAUACCCUGCUGAGCUCUCUCUCACUGCUUGGAUUUGCUUGUUUGGUACAAUUGAAGGGAGCAUAGCGGCUCUGAUAAUGGAAAGAGGAAAUUAUGGCGUCUGGUCUCUCAGUUGGGACACUAAAUUAGCAGCAGCUGUCUACAGUGGUGUUGUUUGCUCAGGACUUGCUUAUUACAUUCAAGGAGUAGUAAUGCAGGACAGAGGCCCUGUUUUUGUGACAGCUUUUAGCCCUCUAUGCAUGAUUAUAGUUGCUGUCAUGAGCUCCAUCAUUUUGGCAGAGCAGAUGUUCCUGGGCAGGGUAAUUGGAGCAGUCAUCAUAGUUGCUGGCUUAUAUCUUGUUGUGUGGGGCAAAAGCAAGGACUACAACUCAACAUCUCCAACAGUUAAUGACCAGACACUACCAACAAAACAAACAGCAGAAUCAAGAAAUCAUGAGAAAGAAAACUGUGAUGAACAAGUUGUGCAACCGGUCAAUCAGAUAGAGAUACUAUAAUUUUUCUGUUCAACAUCUUUUUUAGCAAAAAAGAGAUGUAAACUAUUAGUUUCUCAUAUAACUAUUAUGAUGAGUUAAUGGUUAGAAGGAAAUGGCUAUCUACAAGAGCUCACAACGUAGUACAUUUGAUAGAGUUGAAUAGUCAUUCGCCAGAUUCCAUAAUGUUUUCACUAUUGCAAUAAUAUUUUUGAGAACAACAUUUAUGGUUUCCUUUA